AUGUCUUCAAGAACGGCAAAGUACAUGUACCAGAGCUCUAGCUCGGGCCGUGGCGGUGACAUCUCCAUCGAGUAUGGCACUGACCUGGGCGCCCUCACCCGAUUGGAGGACAAAAUCCGCCUCCUUUCUGAGGACCUGGAAAGCGAGCGCGAGCUCCGCCAGCGCGUCGAGCGCGAAAAGUCGGACAUCACCGUGCAGCUGAUGAACCUGACGGAACGCCUCGAGGAGGCGGAGGGCUCCAGCGAGUCGGUGACGGAAAUGAACAAGAAGCGCGACUCUGAGCUGGCGAAGCUGCGCAAGCUGCUGGAGGACGUGCACAUGGAGAGCGAGGAGACGGCGCACCACCUGCGCCAGAAGCACCAGGCGGCCAUCACCGAGAUGCAGGAUCAACUGGAUCAGGUGCAGAAGGCCAAGAACAAGUCUGACAAGGAGAAGCAGAAGUUCCAGGCGGAGGUCUUCGAGCUGCUCGCCCAGGUGGAGACGGCCAACAAGGAGAAGCUGAUCGCGCAGAAGACCGUGGAGAAGCUGGAGUACACCGUCCACGAGCUGAACAUCAAGAUCGAGGAGGUGAACCGAACGGUGACCGAGGUGACCGCCCACCGCCAGCGCCUGAGUGUGGAGAACUCCGAGCUGAUCAAGGAGGUGCACGAGUACAAGAUCUCGCUGGACAAUGCCAACCACCUGAAGGGGCAGAUUGCGCAGCAGCUGGAGGACACCCGCCACCGACUGGAGGACGAGGAGCGCAAACGCUCGAGCCUGGAGAACCACGCCCACACGCUGGAGGUGGAGCUGGAGUCGCUGAAGGUGCAGCUGGAGGAGGAGUCGGAGGCUCGCCUGGAGCUGGAGCGACAGCUGACCAAGGCCAACGGCGACGCCGCCAGCUGGAAGUCCAAGUACGAGGCGGAGCUGCAGGCGCACGCCGACGAGGUCGAGGAGCUCCGUCGCAAGAUGGCGCAGAAGAUCUCCGAGUACGAGGAGCAGCUGGAGGCGCUGCUGAACAAGUGCAGCUCCCUGGAGAAGCAGAAGAGCCGCCUGCAGUCGGAGGUGGAGGUGCUGAUCAUGGACCUGGAGAAGGCCACCGCCCAUGCGCAGGCCCUCGAGAAGAAGGUCGUCCAGCUGGAGAAGAUCAACCUCGAUCUGAAGAGCAAGCUGGAGGAGGUGAGCAUCCUGCUGGAGCAGACGCAGAAGGACCUUCGCGUGAAGAUCGCCGACCUGCAGAAGCUGCAGCAUGAGUAUGAGAAGCUGCGCGACCAGAAGGAGGCGCUGGCUCGGGAGAACAAGAAGCUCACUGAGGACCUCGCCGAGGCCAAGUCGCAGCUGAACGACGCCCACCGCCGCAUCCACGAGCAGGAGAUUGAGAUCAAGCGACUGGAGAAUGAGCGCGAGGAGCUGGCCGCCGCCUACAAGGAGGCGGAGACGCUGCGAAAGCAGGAGGAGGCGAAGAACCAGCGACUGACGGCGGAGCUGGCCCAGGUGCGCCACGACUACGAGAAGCGACUGGCGCAGAAGGAGGAGGAGAUUGAGGCGCUGCGAAAGCAGUACCAGAUCGAGAUUGAGCAGCUGAACAUGCGCCUGGCCGAGGCGGAGGCGAAGCUGAAGACCGAGGUGGCUCGACUGAAGAAGAAGUACCAGGCGCAGAUUACCGAGCUGGAGCUGUCGCUGGAUGCCGCCAACAAGGCCAACAUUGACCUGCAGAAGACGAUCAAGAAGCAGGCUCUGCAAAUUACUGAGCUGCAAGCCCACUACGAUGAGGUGCAUCGUCAACUGCAGCAGGCCGUCGACCAGCUGGGCGUCACCCAGCGCCGCUGCCAGGCGCUCACCGCCGAGCUGGAGGAGAUGCGCGUCAACCUGGAGCAGGCGCAGCGGGCGAAGCGAGCCGCCGAGCAGCUGCACGAGGAGGCGGUGGUCCGAGUGAACGAGCUGACGACCAUCAACGUCAACCUGGCCAGCGCCAAGAGCAAGCUGGAGACGGAGUUCAGCGCCCUGCAGAACGACUACGACGAGGUGCACAAGGAGCUCCGAAUCUCCGACGAGCGCGUGCAGAAGCUGACCAUCGAGGUGAAGUCCACCAAGGACCUGCUGAUCGAGGAGACGGAACGCGUGCAGAAGCUGGACACCAUCAAGAAGUCGCUGGAGACGGAGGUGCGCAACCUGCACGUCCGCAUCGAGGAGGUGGAGGCGAAUGCGCUGGCCGGCGGCAAGCGGGUGAUCGCCAAGCUGGAGAGUCGCAUCCGCGAUGUGGAGAUCGAGGUGGAGGAGGAGCGCCGACGACACGCCGAGACGGAGAAGAUGCUGCGGAAGAAGGACCACCGCGUGAAGGAGCUGCUGCUGCAGACGGAGGAGGACCACAAGCAGCUGCACCUGCUGCAGGAGAUGGCCGACAAGCUGAACGAGAAGGUCAAGGUCUACAAGCGACAGAUGCAGGAGCAGGAGGGCAUGAGCUCGCAGAACCUGUCGCGCGUCCGUCGCUUCCAGCGCGAACUGGAGGCGGCCGAGGACCGCGCCGACCAGGCCGAGUCGAAUCUGUCGUUCAUCCGCGCCAAGCACCGCUCCUGGGUCACCACCAGCCAGGUGCCCGGCGGCACGCGCCAGGUCUUUGUCACCGAACAAGAAAGCUCCAACUUUUAA